AAUUGAGCUCUUGAAGUGAGUCCAGAGUGUCCUCGUCAUUUAACUUAUCAUGGUUGGGGGGAGGUUGAGAAUCCAGUUUUGAUAAAGAUAAUUGUUUUUUUUUUUCCUCCCCAAGUGACUAUACAUUUAAAUAGCUAAAACAUCUGCAGCAACCUAGUAAAACUUGUAUACUCUGAAUGCUUGAGGGAAGAGCCUGCCAAACAAUCAGUUGAGGGGACUUUGCUGAGGGAGAGCACCAAGAUAAAGCAACUGCUGUUUGUUUUGUCUAGUUGAGGAAGAGCCAAGGCAACCAAUAUUUUGAAUUUCUUUUAUUUCAUUUGUGAGGGAUUAUUUGAGAAAGGGUGGUGAGGGGAGGUUUCUUGACAGGAAUUUUUUAAGCUGUCCAUUAGCAGAACAGCAAGAGAGUCUUGGAUGUCAACACCUAACAAAUUCUUGAGACCAGCUACCAAACUGCAAAAAGUGACUUUCCUCCCGAGUGUUCUCUCUGGUCCUUCUGAUGGAAGCAGAAACCAGGAGCACCAUGGAGACCAGAAAGAGGGUCAACCGAGGCACUCGAAUUGCUCUGGCCCUGUUCGUUGGUGGCACCCUGGUGCUGGGAACCAUUCUCUUUCUAGUGAGUCAAGGUCUUCUAACUUUCCAAGCUAAACAGGAGUACUGCCUGAAGCCAGAGUGCAUCGAAGCCGCUGCUGCCAUCAUGAGUAAAGUAAAUCCGUCUGUGGAUCCUUGUGAUAAUUUCUUCCGGUUUGCUUGUGAUGGCUGGAUCAACAAUAAUCCAAUUCCUGAAGAUAUGCCAAGCUAUGGGGUUUAUCCUUGGUUGAGACAUAAUGUUGACCUCAAGUUGAAGGCACUUUUGGAGAAAUCAGUGAGUAGAAGGCGGGACACUGAAGCCAUACAGAAAGCCAAAAUCCUUUAUUCAUCCUGCAUGAAUGAGAAAGCGAUUGAAAAGGCAGACGCCAAACCACUGUUGCACAUCCUGAGGCACUCACCUUUCCGCUGGCCUGUGCUUGAAGCUAACAUUGGACCUGAAGGGGUUUGGUCAGAGAGAAAAUUCAGUCUCCUGCAGGCACUUGCAACAUUCCGUGGUCAAUAUAGCAAUUCGGUGUUCAUCCGUUUGUAUGUGUCCCCUGAUGACAAGGCAUCCAAUGAACAUAUUUUGAAGCUGGACCAAGCAACCCUCUCCCUAGCUGUGAGGGAAGACUACCUUGAUAACAGCACGGAAGCCAAGUCUUAUCGAGAUGCCCUUUAUAAGUUCAUGGUGGACACUGCUGUGCUUUUAGGAGCUAAUAGCUCCAGAGCUGAGCAUGACAUGAAGUCGGUGCUUAGACUGGAAAUUAAGAUAGCUGAGAUAAUGAUUCCACAUGAAAACCGAACCAGUGAGGCAAUGUAUAACAAAAUGAACAUUUCAGAACUGAGUGCUAUGGUUCCCCAGUUUGACUGGCUGGGCUACAUCAAGAAGGUCAUUGAUGUCAGACUCUAUCCUCACUUGAAAGACAUUGGCCCCUCUGAGAAUGUGGUGGUCCGCGUCCCACAGUACUUUAAAGAUUUGUUUAGGAUCUUAAGCUCUGAAAGGAAGAAGACCAUUGCCAACUACUUGGUGUGGAGAAUGGUUUAUUCCAGAAUUCCAAACCUUAGCAGGCGCUUUCAAUAUAGAUGGUUGGAAUUUUCACGGGUAAUCCAAGGGACCACAACUUUGCUACCUCAGUGGGACAAAUGUGUGAAUUUUAUUGAAAGUGCUCUCCCUUACGUUGUUGGAAAAAUGUUUGUAGAUGUGCACUUCCAGGAAGACAAGAAGGAGAUGAUGGAGGAAUUGAUUGAGGGUGUUCGCUGGGCCUUUAUUGACAUGUUGGAGAAAGAAAAUGAAUGGAUGGAUGCAGGGACAAAGAGGAAAGCUAAGGAAAAGGCAAGAGCUGUUUUGGCAAAAGUUGGCUAUCCUGAGUUUAUAAUGAAUGAUACUCAUGUUAAUGAAGACCUCAAGGCAAUCAAAUUUUCAGAAUCGGACUACUUUGGCAACGUUCUACAAACCCGCAAGUAUUUAGCACAGUCUGAUUUCUUCUGGCUAAGAAAAGCUGUUCCAAAAACAGAGUGGUUUACAAAUCCAACAACAGUCAAUGCUUUCUACAGUGCAUCCACUAACCAGAUCCGAUUUCCAGCAGGAGAGCUCCAGAAACCUUUCUUCUGGGGAACAGAAUAUCCUCGAUCUCUGAGUUAUGGUGCAAUAGGAGUAAUUGUGGGACAUGAAUUUACACAUGGAUUUGAUAAUAAUGGUAGAAAAUAUGAUAAAAAUGGCAACUUGGAUCCUUGGUGGUCUGUGGACUCAGAAGAAAAAUUUAAGGAAAAAACAAAGUGUAUGAUUAACCAGUAUAGCAACUAUUACUGGAAGAAAGCUGGCUUAAAUGUGAAGGGGAAGAGGACCCUGGGAGAAAAUAUUGCUGAUAAUGGAGGCCUGCGAGAAGCUUUUAGGGCUUACAGGAAAUGGAUACGUGACAGAAGGCAGGGAGUGGAGGAGUCUCUCCUACCGGGCAUCUCAUUCACCAACAACCAGCUCUUUUUCCUGAGUUAUGCUCAUGUGAGAUGCAAUUCCUACAGACCAGAAGCUGCCAGAGAACAAGUUCAAAUUGGUGCUCACAGUCCUCCACAAUUUAGGGUUAAUGGUGCCAUUAGCAACUUUGAAGAAUUCCAUAAAGCUUUUAACUGUCCACCUAAUUCCACGAUGAACAGAGGCAUGGACUCCUGCCGACUCUGGUAGCUGGAAUGCUGAGUUCUUCUGUCCUGAGAGAGCUGCCCAGUGCUAGCAGAGGUGGCACUAAACACUCAUCUACUCUUUUAGGCUUAUUUUCCUUUGAGAACUUUUAUUUUUAAUGCAUUUUUCAUUAUUUGGGUAGAUGAUUUGCUUGGAUCUAAACAGUUUCUGUUCAAAGCCAUAGGACUUAAAAAGAUAAUAUAAGACAUGAGCCAAAUAUGUUUCUUUAGAAAGUUAACCUAACAAAAAUAAAUUCUAGUCUACUUUCUUAAGUUGUUCUCUGAUGGUAUUGCUAAUGUCCAUUUAGUGGAUUAGCCACAGCUAAGUUUAUGUAUAAUUUCUAUGUAUAGCUUUGCAGAGGAACUACAUAGACUGUAUUCAUAAAAAAAGAUUUGUCUAUGUAAGCUGUAACUCUCAGUGAUGAAGAUGUGUGGAAAAUGGAAGGCCUUGCUGCCCUGUGGAAUGCAGUGCUGGAUUUCAUAGACAAUCCUUACCUAGCAUUUCUUAAAUCUAAGGUAGUUAAAUUAGAAAUAUGUUGGAUCUCUAUUUUACAAUUUUUGAUGAAACUGUUAUUCUUAAUUUCAGAGUCUUUUAGAAUGAAAUUGUGCCUCAGAAUUUACAGCUUGUGUAGCUAACUGCCCUGUUUAAGUCAUUAUGAACAAAGAUAGCAGAAAGCCCACUAGGUGAAGAAUUUGUAUUUAUCAAACAGGAACAAAAAUAUGAAUCUUUAAGUUCCACAAGUAUUAACAAAAACCCUCCUAGUCACAGAGCAGGGAAACAAGAAAAUGAAAACCCUAAAAUUUGAUUUGGUCUCUAUGGACAUCAGUGGUUUGGGUACUGGACACUGCUUCUCCUCUAAUUCCUCUUUAGUUCAUUAUGCUCAUAUGUGUGCAACCUGACUUUGGAAAUGAGAGGCCUUGAGAAAAGGCUUUUCUGAUUUCCCAUCAGGGCUUUCAUUUUCCUUAAGCACAAAAGGAAAAAUACCAUAUGAGGGAGUAAAAUGCUCUUCUACUUCAGCCCUUUUAAAAAAUUGAAGACAUCUUGGGAUAUAUUGAUUCAAUUAAAAAUUUCCCAAAAAGAAUUAAGUAACAUAGUUUUUACUCUUCAAUACUUAUAAUAAAAAUUCUGUAAGAAAGCAGUGCUGUGCUUUGGUCCUUGAAGCAUUAUCUUUUUAAUGAACACCUGUGUCUUUUAAUGUUUGUAUGUUGAAUAAAAUGUAAUGGCACUCAAAUGUAUAUGUAGGUUAAAAUUAUAAUGGCAUUAAAGCGGCUACUUGGCA